CCAAGACACACUUGCCACGGACUUGAGUGAAGCAACACCAGCGCCAACGCCAACGACUCCAUCGGUCCCGUCUAACGAUGGCCCCAUUCACUCUCUGUGUCCAAGUGACCACCUGCCGACAGUCCGGAAAUUUGUCUGCGAUAGUCCGUGGAGCAGUGUCUUCCUGUAUCACGAGACACUUCAUGCCUGCAGUCAACAGUGGCAGGAGAAGAGGAUGAAAGGUGUGGCUAUCUGGCUGAGUCUCGGACCAGAGAUGCAUGCAUAUGUAUGUAUGUGAACCGAUAUCAGGGAGGCAAGAAGGUGUAGUGUUUCAAUGCCAUAUCCUCGCGGCAGUGGACGGAAACACCAGAAACACCCAAUUGCCCGUAGAUGAUCCAGAGUCUCUUAUCUCUGACACCUGACACCAAGACGACAAAGAGGUGAAGGAAGAUCAGGCAAACUUUGUCUCACUCUGGCCGCCCCCGGUGUUAUUCUACCGUCCAGUUUUUCUUCUCUGGGCCUUGUCGUAUGCAACUGUUGGUUCAAAUUUCCUGAUGGUGUAUGCAACUCCCAGCAACAAGGACAAGCUUAGCGACCGCCCCACAUGCUGCAAACGAAGCUUCGACUGUUCCACUGCAAGCAAAAGCCAGGUUCUUUUUUCUCCGCCGAGUAAGUUGACGGGACCUUAUCGGCCAGGGAGAGCGAGCGAGCAAGCGAAGCGUCUGGGCUUGUUCCAAGGUUGAAGUUGGCCUUUGAUUGCGAUUUCGGUCUCCACAAAAAGGUAUCGCUGCACUUACACGGGCUGCUCUUCUUCUCCUUCUCCUCCAACUUGCGCUUGCACUUUGCUUGACUGACUUUUGGUAGAAAUAUCUCAUCUCCCACCCUCUUUCCUUUCCUUCGUGAUUGAACUCUUCUACCUGUCUAACUAACUUUUCAUAUCCAAAGUUUGAAUCACUUCCCAUCUCCAGUCUGGGCUCUUGUUCUUCCAUCUUAACUGUUGUGAUUCUGCUAUUGCUGAUUUCCUUGUGAAAUCCCGUACUAACUGGCUCUCCAAAUUCUCCAACAAGACAGCCACUUCCAUCCCAAAGGGCCGCGAUAACCACCCCUCUGCCUUUUCCAAAUAUCCCUUCCGUGGAAUCGUCGCUUUGCUUAUUUCCCACCCAAUUUGGGAUCAAGGCGGCGAUUGUUUUUUCACAAGCUCAACAACUUGCCCUUCUUUCCAUCCAGGCCGUGAUCCAUCACAAGAAUUACCAUGGGUAUGCUUCGCACUGGUCCUCGUGACCCAGAUGCAUUCCCGGCCAUGCAGCUCUUCCUUCUGGCCAUUGUUCGACUCGCUGAGCCUAUCGCUUUAACAUCCAUCUUCCCAUACGCCUGGGCCCUUGUCAAAAGCUUCGAAAUAGGCCGCGAAGAAGAUGCUUCAUUCUACUCUGGCAUCCUUAUAUCCGCCUUUUCUCUUGCUGAAGCUGUUAUGGGAACGUACUGGGGCGCCCUGUCCGAUCGUAUCGGCCGCAAGCCCGUUUUGAUUAUUGGAUCUCUAGGUACAAUGAUCAGCAUGUUGAUGGUAGGAGUGGCUCCAAGCUUCGGUGUUGCCUUGUUUGGCCGUCUCCUCGGUGGUCUGCUGAACGGUAAUAUUGGUGUUAUCCAAACCAUGGUUGGGGAGCUGGUCACCAAACCUGAGCAUGAGCCACGUGCAUACUCCAUCAUGCCUUUUGUCUGGAGCAUUGGAACCAUUGUUGGUCCCUCUAUCGGUGGCAUGUUUGCCAACCCCCAUGACUCUUGGCCUGAAUCUUUUCCGAUCGGCAGCCUCUUCCAGAGACAACCUUACUUGCUGCCCAACAUCAUCUGCGCAGGAUUGCUGCUUGUGAGCAUUGUGCUCGGUUUCCUCCUCCUUGAGGAAACCCAUCCCGACAUGGUCCAUCACGCUCCUACCAGUGAAUACCACGUCAGCGAGGAGACCCCCCUCAUGAUGAACAACCGAAUGGCCACCGAGAUUGAGCCACAAGCCUAUGGUGCGAUAGAGACAACCGAGGAUUCAACCGAUGGCUCAAUUGGGGACUGGGAUACUCUCUGUAUCGAAAACGAGAAGACAGCUGCAGCUCCCAUCAAGAUCUGGAAUUGCCGUGUUGUUGGCUUUAUUGUCGCCUUGUCAAUCUUCACUUACCAUUCCAUGACCUUCGACCACUUGCUGCCCAUCUUCUUCGAAGACAGCCGUGUUGAUGCUGUGGAGAUGUUCAAGCAUGGCUCUAUCUUUCCUUUCUACUCGCCUGGUGGCUUGGGCAUGACUCCACGAGAUGUUGGUGUGAUUUUGGCCGUCGACGGCGGCAUCGCUCUGUUUAUCCAGGUUUUCGUCUUCCCCUGGACUGUCAAGAUGCUUGGAACCUAUCGCCUUUUCCUGCUCGUUACUGUCCUCCACCCUAUUGUUUACGUGCUGAUGCCCAUGCUCCUCCUUGUCCCUGAGAGCCUUUUAUACCCCGCUAUCUAUGGCUGUCUCAUCAUCCGCAACAUUCUCUCCAUUAUACUAUAUCCUCUUCUUAUGAUCCUCAUCAAGGAGGCUACACCAGCCCCAAGCGCUCUUGGAAAAGUGAACGGCUUGGCAGCAAGUGCUGGUGCUGCUUGCCGAAUGAUUGCUUCACCGGUCGCUGGAUUCUUGUGGACGGUCGGUACCAAAUCAGAUUGCUCUGCCUUGGCCUGGUAUGGUAGCGCUAUUGUCGCUAUUUUGGGAGCCGUUCAGUGCUUCUCUGUUCCUCGCCGGCGCAAUGAGGAGCCUUAUGAGGAAACCUCCAAGGCACCCAACAAACAGACUGUUACAGUGACCGAGACUGAGUUUUAUGACUCGCCAUGAGGAGCACGCGGCGCAGUUUGAAACCCGAUCAGGUCGAACAUGCCGAAGCGACUUCGCGGGUUUUGCAACCCGUUUUUAGACUUUGAUUGCCUGCAGCAAGUCACACUGUUUUAUACCCUCAUGAGUUGGGAGUUCAAACAUGUUUUGAUAAUUUGCCUAUAAAAACGACUGGUAGAUGGGAUGGUGUUUAUCACGGCCGCUUUUACGAAGUUAUGUAUACCCCAGGUAUAAUGAUUGAUUUGGUUUGGGGUGACUUUUUUACUUUUUGGAGUUUGGCUUGAUUAUUGAAGAAAAAAGCUUUGAUGCGGAGUUUAUUUGUUCUUGAAUUGGGUUUACGGUUGAAGAUGGGAUUUGGUAUAUAAGUUAGAUAAAAGUGAGGUAAAUAGGAAUAGAAGUAAUUACAAAUAUGACCACUCCCAUCUAAGUGGUUUAAUGAAUGAAUGCUUUAAAUUGCC